AUGGAGCCGGAAAAUUUUGUAAAUUUACUUCUUGAUCAUAUUGAAACAAGGUCACCACUUCCUAAGCACCACAACUUUGACUUGUAUAAUUGUCAACUUUUAUCAGAAGUUGCUUAUAAAUUUGCAAGUGAAAAGGUUAAGAAUUAUAAUGAUGUUCUAUUGAGAUAUAUUUUCUCACACAACAUUGCUCCAAACUGUGAUCUCAUGUUUAAUGCCAAAUUCUUGACACAAUUAUUAGUAAAGAGACUUCAAAAUUGUUUAAAUCCAAAGGCUUUUACUCAAAUAUUGAAGUUCUUUAAUACAUUAGAAUUAGAUUCAACUGAUGAUCAUGACAAUAAUAAUCAUAAUAAAUGUAAAGAUGAAGUUACUUGGUUAUUGGAUGAGGAAGAACUUGAUAUUCUGAUCAAUAAUGAUUCUGAUAAUUUUACACAAUCAAAACCCAUCAAAAUACUCAUAAUUGAGAGAUGUAAUAUGUUGAAGAGAACUUUAGCAUGUGAAGAACUUGAGAUUUCACGAUUAAUUGAUGGAAUUAUGAGAAUGUCAAAAAAUAAAUUGAAUUAUCCUUAUACUGAUGAAGAAAUUAAAUUAUCCAAAAAAUUAUACGUUUUACAAAAUCUUCUUGAAUACAUUAUUAAUUACCCAACUGAAUAUCGACAAUUAGCAAAUAAAUUUAUUGAGUCCAUUACUAACUCAAUUACAAUUAUUGAAAUGUCUAACUAUUCAAGAUAUUCAAGAGCUGAGAUUAUACCAUUUUAUUCUGGUAACAUAUUAAAUUUGGAGGAAAUAUUGGAAAAUCUUCCAAGAUUAGAAAAUGACGAAAUGAUUUCUUUAUUAUUCGAUAUUGCUACAUUGGUAUCUAAUUCACCAAUCAA